GGUGGCAUCUGCAGAAGUGAGAAGGUCCCACUGUUCAUGGCCACAGGAAGAGGGUGGUGGUGACCUGGGACACUGAGGCUCUGCCUCCAACCCAGCUUUAAGAACAAGGGCUGGGCACUGAUUUUCUCACCCCCCUGGAUGUACUGAGCAUCUGCUGGCAUGAGGUUUUUCCUCCAGUAUGUGGGCUGCUUUUUCGCUUUUCUCUCUACUGGGUUUUUGAUAGUAUCUACCUGGACAGACUGCUGGAUGGUGAACGCUGAUGAUUCCCUGGAGGUGAGUACAAAAUGCCGUGGACUGUGGUGGGAAUGUGUCACAAACGUUUUUGAUGGGAUCCAAACUUGUGAUGAGUACGACUCCAUCUACGCCGAGCACCCUGUGAAGCUGGUGCUGACCCGAGCCAUGAUGAUCACAGCAGAUAUCCUGGCAGGAUUUGGAUUUCUCUUCCUCAUCCUGGGGCUGGACUGUGUGAAAUUCCUUCCUGAUGAGCCGCUCAUCAAGCUGCGCAUCUGCCUGGUGUCUGGAGUUAUGUUGCUCAUCGCAGGUCUCCCGGGCAUUACCGGCUCGGUGUGGUACGCCAUUGACGUCUAUGUGGAGCGCUCCUCUCUGGUCUUCCACAACGUGUUCCUGGGCAUCCAGUACAAGUUUGGCUGGUCGUGCUGGCUCGGCAUGGCGGGGUCACUCGGCUGUUUCUUAUCUGGGGCCCUGCUCACCUGCUGCAUGCGUCUCUUCAGAGAGACCAGCUCUGGAAGAUUCCACUCUGCCUACUCCUUGAGGAAAGGCUAUUCCUCAGCUGAGACAAUCGUAACAAAUGUGCAUUUGCCAUCUUCUCAAACAGCUACUGCCAAAAUGUAUGCAGUGGACACAAGAGUGUGAGAAGGAAGUGAGUGCUCCAGAAAUAAUUCUGCUUCUAUUUGUAGUGGAUUGCAGAGACACAACAUCCUGUGGUUGUAGUACAGAUGCAAAGUUAAAUUUCAAGGAUGUACAUUAUGCUACGUUUGUACUACUAGAGUAUAAAAAAAAAAAAAAAAAAGAAGAAAAACUUCCUUCAUGAAAGUAAUCUCUGAGAUCUUGCUUUAGGGAUUCCUGCUGUCUUGAGCACUGAGGCUGCUUGUGUAAGCACGGACUGAAAUAACCAACAUGAACUCUUUCAACAUUUGGUUCAACACUAUCAGUAUGAGUGAGAUAAAUCAGCUGCUCCUGGACCAGACCUCAGUGUUCUGCAUGAAGAUUUGCAAACUGUAAGAUGGAUUUGUUCUGUGUCUGGCAAUGUGUCGACAGAAUGCAUGACGCAGAAAAUACAGGCAGAGAGAAGGACUGAUCAUCAGGCCAACACCUGGACCCUGUGCACUCAGCAUGGGAGUCUGCUCCUCUUACAGGCUGCUGGAGAAUUCAGCAGAAGAUAAAGAGCUGUGUUAAAUGCCUGGCCCUCUCUUUGGCCCACCAGCCUCUGCACUGAGAAAACACUGCAAAUUCAGACACAGUCUUCCCUGCAAAAUGCAGUCGUCUCAGUAAGUGGUAAAAGGUACAUUACAGAUACCCUAGACUCACUGAUGGCUGGAAAUUGCCAGCUUUUUUCUGCUUAGUAAAAAUUUUGCCUGGACAAAGUGAGUGAGGAUCCAAGGUCUGAUCUUUGGCAUGACAACUUGUCUAUGCCAACUAGAAACUAGGAAAAAUGAUAGUAAAAUCUAUUGUAAAAUAGUAAAAUCCCUUUCUACCAAAAGAUAUUUAAAUCCAGUUCAGGACUGCUGUCCUCUGCUGCAAUCCAGGCUGCCAUAGGUUGGAUGAGGCUAAAACAUCAGCCAUGUCUAGAGUGGGUGAAAAAAACAACCAGUGUGGUUUAACAUAUUCCCUUAGGAUGGAUGCAAAAGCUCUUCCAUGUUCUUAAUGGGAAGAGAAGCUGAGACAACAGUUUUCUGAGGAUUGGUAGGAGCUGCCCAAAUCCAGUCCUUUCUACCAUGAGCACCACAUCAUGGGCAUCAGGGGCUGAGAAAAGGCUCUCAGCACAGACAUAUACUUGCUCAGGGACAGUGGAGAAACAACAGAGGAGUCUCGGGAGGCUGUGCACAGCCGUGGGUACUGAGGCACACCAGAGAUUGGCUUCCUCCGCUGACUGCUUGCUGAGGAGACUGGAUAGAGAAACUCUCUUUCUCCUUCCAGGCAACAUGAAGUGAAGCCUUCUGUUACGAGGGCAAGAGGGAGGUGGGAUGACUGUGAAUGGAGUGGGUUGUGUCCCAAAGAGCACUUCUGAUAGCCCCUAUGAUGGAAGAUGAGGGCCUAAGUCCUCUAACGGAUUAUCCUGGAAGGAGCAUCUUGUUCUCCAGUACAGAACUGACCAGCAGUGCUAAAACAUAACCCAAAUCCUGCCAUGGCUCCUAAUCAAAUAACACUCAGGCCCUGGGACAGACGGGACAACAGCGGGUCCAUAUGGCUUUGCUGCAGGCUCAAGCACCUCCACAAGGCUCAGACCACAACACAACCGUCUCAGCAAGAGCCUUCAUGGCAGCGCUGCUGCCCAGGAGAGGGAGGUUUCAUGCCUGCAGGCUUCAUGCUGCUUUGUUUGACAAGCAUUUAUGUUAGCCAAACUGAAAUCAACUUAUUGCCAGCAGAUGAGCUAUAAUGAACAGAUGUAAACACAGUAGGAGAAGUGACGGAGGCUUUUUUGCUAAGUCCUGAGAGACAAGGAGUACAAGAGUUAUGAGCGAUGUGAUGAAUUCAUGGAUAAUUCCAAGAAUGCACAAAGAGAUCUGGAGGUGACAGGAAUUUCUGCCUGUUACUGCAGGAAGCUGCAUCCAGUGGCUUUUGUUGUUGUUUUAUUUGGUUGGUUUUUUGUUUGUUUGUUUUUACUUUGUGUUUGUUUGUUUGUUUGUGUUUUUUUUAAACUUUUUCACAGUCCCCUCAGAAACAUGUAUUUGCUGUGGGGCUUUUGGGGCAGAAGAGCUGGCACUGACAUGCUGCGCCUGGGCAGAGAAGCUCUGAGGACGUUUCAGUUUUGGGUCUGGUUCCCGGGCUGUGCCUCUGCUCCUUCAGGGACAUGCUGGGACAUGCAGGGACAUGAGGGAGGGUGAACCCACUGCAGAGGCAGAGCUGUGCUCAGCACCUGCUCUAGUGCUCACAUCCCUGCUCCUCCUCGGAGAGGCAAAUGCUCUCACAACCUCCCCGAGGGAGAAAGGACCCCCAGUGCCACAGGCUGCCCCAGCCCAAUUCACCCAGUUCAGAGACGCUCGGGAGGAGGUACUGAGCAAAGACGUCAUCACUUGGGCCAAAAUCCUGAAUCAAAUCCUUCCCAGACUAUGCAGGCAAUGCAUUAACCCGCUCCACUAACACUCAGGAACACCCACCAGCCUCUUGUUGCAGUUUUCUAUAGCUUUUUCAGAGCCACGAAGAUUAUCUCUGGCUGGGAAGAUUUAUUUCUUGUUUAGCUGAGGAGAAAUAGUCUGGGGUCAUCUGCUAAUGCGGGUGCCAUUGCAGAUCUCAGACCACUGAUUUCUCAUUUUUCUGGAGUGUGCUGUAUUUGAGUAGGCUUCUGGGCCUUUGUCCCCAUGGUCUUCAGCUUGUUUUGAGAUGGUGGGAGUUGUUUUGUGACUUGCAACUCUUGGAUCACGCCAAGCAGCAGCUCAGUGGAGACUUUGGGAUUAAACAUGUAUGCCCUGGUGAGGCGUGAAUAUAGAGGACUGCUCUCAUUAGUCCCUCCAGCCCCAUGUUCCCCCUGGAGAUACACAAAUAAAGCACACACAUACCCCAAAUACUACCUUAACUCAUCAUCCUUAAAUGUACACGUAUACAAAGAAUGCUGCACGAACACUUGAGAGCCUUUCUUUUCUUCAGUAUCUCUGUAGGAUAAGGGUUAAUUCUUUAACCAUGUUUCUGUUUUAGCCACACUCUACUAUAGCUUUUAAGAAUCUAUCCAUUUCCUGCACAAGAGGACUAGGAAAAGGUCACAGCCAGGUUUGCUGGGUUAAUGUUUUGUAACAACCAGUCCAAUGCUGCAUUGCUUCAUUAUUCAAAUCCUGCUGACAGUCUAUCUGAUGCUUUGAUCAGUUGUUAAUAUUUAAUUGUUAAAUCAUUGUUUGAUUUAAUUCUGACUUUCAUUUCAUGACUAUAGUAUUUACUCCUCAUUAACUCAUUACCAUGUCUCGAUGCAGAUCGUAGUUUGUUUAUUCAUUAGCGAGAAACCUCCCAGAAAGUACACAGGACUUAUUUUUUCUUCCAAAAUCACCACCAGCCCCUAAGGCUAAAGACAUUGUAGGUGAGCUCAGAUAAUAAGGUAUUUCCUUAAUACCUAACUACAUGCCAUUCAGCAGCAUCUUGCUGGAUAUGACAGUAAACUGACUCUACCUUCCUGAUGGCCAUUAAUGGCUUAUCAAGGCUCCUUGCUCAAAUGCAAUUUCCAGCAGAGGCCCAACAUUUAAUCCUCCAAUGCCAACAGCUUUUUAGCCUUCUCCAGACUUUCACCAGCUUCCAAGGAAUAUUUUUGUAUGUUUGGGCACCUGAGUCUUAUUGUUUCAUUUCCCAGGGUACAGGCAGAAUUGGGGACUUACCUGAGACCGUCGACUCCCAGGUUUCCUCCCUGCUGUGCCUGUCCCGUGGUGUCACCUUGAACUUGGGGCUCCUCAUUGCCCUCUCCACUGACAGCACACAUCUCGGUGCAGCCUGUCAGGGCUCUGGCUGGUUAUAGGUUGUGAAAAAUAACAACGUCUUGUUGGUAAGCUCUUUGCUAAGUUGAUUUCAUGCCUUACAGAUAGGUAUUGAUUUCCCAUUUUGAUAUGCGCAAGUGAGAAAGAGAAUAAAACAAGAACAUCUGCAGUGGCUGUCCUUUUCUGUGUGCAAUGUUUUGUCCUCUCACUACUUCAGUCAGCCUUGUUUAUAAGGACUCUUGGUAACUUCGGCUCUAAUUAGGAUGCACUCUUACUGUGACCUUGUGAACUAGAUUAUCUCCUACUGCAGCUGCAUGAAUAUUUUCCAAAAUAUGGGUUUCCCUCCUUUUCACAUGUUGUAAUGUGAUUUUUGUGUGAAUUCAGUAGAUCUGAACAAUUCUUUUUAGUAGAUAAGAAUGUUACUUCAGAAUUCUGUUUUCCUUACAUAUUGUAACAUUUGUGAGAUAUAAUAAAUGCAGUUGCCUUUCA